CCAGACCUCGGCAAAUACCAUUCUCAUAACCUAGCCAGCCAUGAGAAAUGCAUUUGAAACCUUUUGUAGUUUCGAAUCCUUGCUGAGCCAUCAGGUCCGUGAUAUCGUUGUCGUUGCAUCUUUGACUCUACUGUAUAUCUAAUAUCCCGAUACGACAACGACUACUACUCGCAUUCCCGUAUUCACCAUUAAUUAUGGCUCCCGCACCCCUCACCCGCGAGUCCGUCUCCGCACAUGACAAGCCGGACGACCUAUGGUGCAUUAUCGACCACAAAGUCUACGACCUGACCGAUUUUGUCGACGCACACCCCGGCGGUAACAUCGUGCUCGAGCAAGUCGCCGGACAGGACGCCACGGACGCAUUCUACAAUCUGCACAAACACGAGGUGCUCACGAAGUACUCCUCGCUGUGCAUCGGCACGCUGCAAAAUGAGGCUGCAGAAGUGAUUACCAUGGCGCCUGGAGACUUGUCUCAAGUACCGUACGGCGAGCCGCUGUGGCUGCGGCCGCAGUUCAAGAGUCCGUAUUUCAAGGAGAGUCAUCACAAAUUGCGGAAGGGGAUGAGGGAGUUUGUGGAUAGUACGGUUUGGCCAGAGGCGCAGGAGAAGGAGUUGAGUGGCGAGUAUAUCAGUCAAGAGCUCAUCGACAAGAUGGCCGCGAACGGCAUACUGGCCAUGCGAUUGGGCCCUGGGAAGCAUCUCCACGGGCGCACGUUGCCUGGCGGAGUCAAGGGCGAGGAAUUUGACUAUCUUCACGACCUCGUCACGGCGCAGGAGUUGGUCCGUGCGAAUGCUAGAGGAUUCAUGGACGGAAAUUUAGCAGGUAUGACCAUCUCGCUGACGGCGGUGAGGGAGUGGGCACGAGAUGAGGCGUUGAAGGAUAGGAUAACAGAGGAGGUUUUGAGUGGAAAGAAGAAGAUUUGUUUGGCGAUCACGGAGGCGUUUGCCGGGAGCGAUGUUGCGGGGCUGCGGACGACGGCGAGGAAGAGUGAAGACGGGAAGCAUUGGAUCGUGUCCGGGACGAAGAAGUGGAUUACCAAUGGAAUGUUCUCUGACUACUUUGUUACUGGUUGUAAGACAAAGAAAGGGUUCUCAGUCAUCAUCGUUCCCAGGGGCGAAGGUGUGGAGACGAGUCCGAUUAAGACGGCUUACUCUGCUGCUGCUGCUACCACGUUCGUCCAGUUCGAUAACGUCAAGGUGCCUAUAAAUCAUCUGCUGGGUGAGGAAGACCAAGGCUUCAAGGUUAUCAUGAGCAAUUUCAAUCACGAGCGUUUCAUGAUGGCUUGCCUGACCGCUAGACAACUCCGAAUGGUAACUGAGGAUUGUAUGAAGUGGGCCAAUCAGCGCAUAGUCUUUGGCAAGAAGCUGAUCGAGAAUGCCGUUAUCAGGCAAAAGCUCGCAAAGAUGAUUGCUCAUGUGGAGAGUGGCCAAUCGUGGUUGGAGUCGAUUACUUAUCAGAUGUGCAACAUGAGCUACAAAGAUCAGGCUAUUCACCUAUCAGGUCCCAUCGGCUUGCUCAAGUUUCACUUGACGCGCAGCGCCAACAUGAUUGCCGAUGAAGCUACCAACAUCUUCGGAGGCCGCGGCAUCACACAAACUGGUAUGGGACGUCACGUUGAAAUGUUCAACCGGACAUAUAAGUUCGAUGCCAUUCUCGGUGGAACAGAGGAGAUUCUUGCGGAUCUGGGCGUAAGACAGGCCAUGAAAAGCUUUCCCAAAGCCAUGCUGUAAGGAGAUCUUUGGCUAGAUUCGUGUCGAUAUUUCUUCCCACAUUAGAAUUGUAUAAUUUACCACAGCUCUCCGUUCCGAGUUGUACCGGAGCAAGGUCAAGAAAUCGACUUUGGGCACCUGAGGCAGUCAUUAGGACAGAGUCCCGAUUCUGGGGCACGUGACGUUGGAAUAAAGCUUUCUGCGACAAACACAGCAGUAGACCGGAGAUUGGCUGGGCGUGAAUGGCUUUGUGUCUUUGUAGCAAGC